GUUUAAUAAGUGGUAUUUUACCAGGGCUGAAAGGUUGUGUCUACAUUUUUCACAAACAAAGAUUUGUUUAAUUUAGCAAAAACGCAAUUAGGAGAAAUUAAAGGCUAAAUAAAUCUCAGCGACAAUGGGAGCUGUUUUGGGCCUCUGUUCGGCCGCCCAAUGCGCCAUGUGCUGCGGAGGCACUGCAGCCAGUAUGUGCUGCUCGGCCUGUCCCAGUUGCACCAACGCCUCAUCCUCGCGAUUCAUGUAUGCCUUCAUCUUGUUGGUGGGCACGGUUUUGGGAGCGAUCGCCCUGUCUCCGGGAUUGCAGGACACUCUGAAGAAGAUGCCUUUCUGCAUAAAUUCCACUUCCUCGUAUAGUUCUGGUGCACUCAGUGCUGUUUCUGGCGGAUCUCUGCAAGUCGACUGCGAAUACGCUCUGGGUUACAUGGCUGUCUAUAGGAUUUGCUUUGGAAUGGCUUGCUUCUUCGCUUUGAUGUCACUGAUUAUGCUUGGGGUAAAGAGCUCGAGGGAUCCGCGAUCCCACAUCCAAAACAACUUUUGGCCCCUGAAAUUCCUGAUCUGCUUUGGCGCUGCAAUUGGAGCUAUAUUUAUCCCAGAUGGAUCCUUCGGACCGGCCAUGAUGUGGGUCGGUCUAAUAGGUGGCUUGGCCUUUAUACUCGUUCAGCUGGUCAUCAUUGUGGAUUUCGCUCACUCCCUGGCCGAGAACUGGAUUGAGAGCGCCGAAAACAGUCGUGGAUAUUAUUACGCCUUGGCUGGGGUAACUUUGGUGGGCUAUAUCUUAUCGUUGACUGGGAUUACGCUGCUUUAUAUCUACUUUACCACUAGUACUGGAUGCGGCAUCAACAAGUUCUUCAUCUCCAUUAAUCUGAUAUUCUGUUUGGUGAUCAGUGUCAUAUCGAUUUUACCAGCUGUCCAGGAACGUUUGCCACAUUCCGGUUUAUUGCAGAGCUCCCUGGUUACCUUAUACACGGUUUAUCUUACCUGGUCCGCUGUGGCCAACAAUCCGGAAAAGGAAUGCAAUCCUGGAAUGUUCGGAAUGAUGGAGGGAUUCGGAAACUCGACCACCACUGUAGCACCACCCACUCACACCACCAGGGUUACAUUCGACACGACUAACAUUAUUGGAUUGGUGGUUUGGCUCUUGUGUAUCCUGUACAAUUGCAUUAGUUCGGCGGUAGAAGUUUCUAAGAUCACCCAAGAUAGUAGCGAGAAGCGUGUUUUAACAGAAGCUCUAUCAGACACAGAGGCCGGCACGGAUGCCAAAGGAAAGAGCACGGAUACUGAGACCGAGGGCGUCACCUAUUCGUGGUCCAUGUUCCAUGUUGUCUUCGUCUGCGCCUCGCUCUACGUUAUGAUGACACUUACCAAUUGGUACAAACCUCACUCCGAAAUCGAGCUCUUCAACGGUAACGAGGCUUCCAUGUGGGUCAAGAUCGUCUCUAGCUGGCUGGGUGUCUUUAUCUACGGCUGGAGCCUGGCAGCCCCCAUUAUCCUUACCAAUCGCGACUUUAGUUAAGCGAUUUUAGUGUAUUAUUGUCUAGGAAUGGUGCUUAACCGAGCAAAACGAGAAUGCCAAAAUGGAACGAAGAGAAAAUAGUUUAUGAAACUGAUGAAGAUUAAUCAUACAUAAUUUUGACUCUUAAUGUGGUGUCUACUCAUUGAUCUUAUUCUCAAAUUGCAACAGUUAUCAAUAUAUUAUAUUAAUUAAUCUAUCAGUAAAAUCUAUAUAAUAAUACAACAAAACUUAACCGAA